GUAGUUUACGUCGCGUAUAAAUAUGAGCUUAUUUACAUGUCUAGUUGUCUACCGCCCUUUAUUUAGUGAACAAGUGAUUUUUAUACCUUAGCUAGAACCCUCGUACAGCACUUGUCACAGACAGUCCGUGAAAUAUUAUGCCACAACUGGAACAGCCGAAGAAGAAGUUACCCCCAUGGUCUCAGGCAAAGGUUAACGUACCGGAUGUGAGUACUAUGACUCUCAAUGGGACUCCCUCACAGACUGUUCCCGUUCACAAUGUCCCAGAAACAGGACCCACGAACCCUCCCAUCUCUACCUCUGGAUCUGCACAUAUCUCUGUAUCUUCACCGGACGUUAUAUCCAACUCACGUAUAGACAAUGCAUCGACUGCGUCGGGGCCUAAUCCCACUGUGACAUACUCGAAUGCAAGUGGCACAGAGUCACCCACACCGCACCUAAAUAACAAGACAGAAGCAUCACACACCCAAACACCUUCAACAGUACCAACAAGCAUGUCGGUAGAAGCACAGGCAUUUGUUUCAAAUAGCACAGCCCCACCCACCGCCGAGCCACGGGGUCUCAACAGGUACACUACGAAUACACAACACAAUACACGCGGUGACGCACGGGAAGCACAGGCAGAGGUGAAGAACGAUAGUACAACACCACUAAAGCCGCCAAAGGGGAAAAGGAAAGCGUGCCGUUACUACAAGGCCACGGGACAGUGUAAGGCGGGAGAUGCGUGUGCCUUUCAGCACAAUACCACACAGCAGAACAGCACAAGGGCUGGUAGCGAGAGGACCAGCAGUGGGCACGGUACUGCGGGUAUAGAUAGUGAGGGUACAAAUAACAGGGGCGGAGAUAGUAGAGGUACGGGAGAGACCUCGCGCAGCCAAAGGAAUGCAAAGCGGGAUGCAAAGCGGGACGCAGUAAACAACCACACUCAGAUGGAGAAGGAUGUGGAAGUAGCGGACGGUCCCGAUAUUGAUUCAGGCAAUAAACCGGUAAAUUUCUUACACAUGCCGAAACGUAUUCAGUGUAGUGUGUAG